CACACCGACGCACACAGAAAAAGAAGAAGGUCCGUAAAGUUCCAGCAGCGGUGACCAGAGAACGCUGCCCGAGCACAGCCCCGCCCCCCGCAGAAUUCAGCACUGUGUCCACUGUGUCCCUGGGUCAGCGACUUCCUUUCCCAGCGUUCCCUCUGAGGGCCUCCCUGCCCCCCCUGGCCCCCGCCUCGGGCCCCAUGCAGGCCGCUGCCCCUCCUGCUGAGUACCACUCGGACUCUGCGGAGUCUCUGGAGGAGAUCCCUGUGGUGCUGGCCAAACUGGGCUCUUCGUCCUCUGCUGCCGGAGACGCCUCCUCAUCCUCACACAGAGCCGUCCCGGUCUUCCCCCUGCCCUCCCCCCACCUCAGGACUAAGAGGAAGGCCUCCUCCUCCCGCGCAAAUAAAAGCGCAGCAGUGCUGAGGUUUGAGAUGGCCUCCGCCUACCCCCCCACGGCGUUUGUCAGCCGAGCCAGCAGAGAGGCCGCCGAGCCCCGGGAGGGAGGCCUCAGUCUGGGCAGGAAGCAGACUGCCUCCAAGCCCGGAUCCAGACCAGCAUCUCGGGCGUCUCUGGGUUCGGGUGCGGCCUCCUGGAUGGAGCUUUAACCCGAGCACACUUUAUUUUCUAUCUCUGACUAUUUAUUGGUUCUGACCUUUUCCUUUGAACGCCAAAGCUCCGUCUGCACAACCUUUAGAUGAUUUAUAUUUAUAAAAGCUGGAAACCUUAAAGCUGCACCGAGUCUCCAUGGUAACCCAGGGCCAGACGACAUCACUUCCUGUCCAGCUUCAGUUCCACAACACAGCAACAAUAAUGCUAAUGCGUAGCAUGCACAUGAGCCUCUCCCAGUUCAGACGGACAACGUCUCCUAAAGGACGUUAAAUAAAUUACAUGAAAUAAAGUAAAACAUGUAAUUAAAACAUAAGUUACACAAAAUAAUUACAAUUUUAAACUUUUGACUUUUCACUUGUUAUAUAUUUUUAUUUUAAAAAGCAUUGUUAAGUAAUUCUUCCCCUCAGCUAAUCACAAGCCUCCAGCCUCUGUUUGUAUGGCGCCCCCUCGCUGCCACGCUGCAGACUGCAGCUCAGGGUUUGACCCUGUUAACCUGCUCGCCUGGCCCCUUGUGGUUUUCACACUUCAGCUGUUGUUCAGACGUCACAUGUCAGACUAGCUGGUUCCCCCAGUGUCCAGUCUUUACGCUAAGCUAAGCUAACAUGUGGCUGAAGAGGAUUUCACUGUUCCUGUGUCUACACAUGCUCUGUCCAGCUGCUUCACACACCAUGUUUCCCCUAUGGUUUCCUCUGAUGAUUUUUUCACCUGUUUAUCAAUAAAUGACAAUAACUGAUCA